AUGAGAACAUUAUCAAAAGAGUUUAAUUUUCCAAGUUCAUUCUUUAAGACUACUGCUGCUCAAUGGAUAAAUACUCCUCAUGAAGAUCAAAGUGUAUUUACUCGAUCAUAUAUAUUAAGAAAUAUAAUUUUUUGUAUUAUAAUUUCAAAUGUUAUAAAUUUUUUGUAUAUCAAUUUAACACUACAUUUCAGUGAAAUUGAUGUUGUGCAAUUGUUGAAAACUAGCCCAAUGGCUGAAAAAUCAAGUUUUAGUUAUCAAUUGGAAAGUGUUUUACAUGGAAUUUAUUUGAAGAAUGAAGAUUUAUAUUUAAAGAAUAUUAAUGAUACAACAAUCGUAACUGCUCCGAUAAUCAAAUUUAAUAAUAAGAGAUUGAAAAUAAAAUUAACUGAGAGAUUGUAUGGGAAAUACAAGAGAGGGUAUAGAUUCUCAACUAAUAUUCUAAGAGAUAUUGGAUCUUCUAGAUUAUUCACAAAUAAAGAACUCACUAAAGAGACUUUAUCAAUAGUUUUGAAUAGAUUAUAUCAUGAAAGUAAACACUUGGACGUUCAGAAAGUUAUAAACAAGGUCUUGACAGUGAUCACAUUAGUUUUAAUCAAUAAGAUCAUAAUUUUGAGUUGUUCAAUAUCAAUGAUAUUUUUGUUUGUAACUUUACAUUACCUUCCCAAAGACAUAAAUUGGCAUUAUUUCAAUAUUACACUGCUAUUUGCAUUCGAUUUCAUUUGCUCAAUAAAUGUAUUAAUCAUCAUCGUAGGAAGAUUUGUGGUAUCUGUUUUUGAUUGGGGUUCAGUUUAUUUAAUUUUGGAAUUCAUUUCAUUUCUAAUUUUAAAUUUUGUGUUUUUACAAACUCAUAAAUUAUUCAUGACUACAAUAUAUCUCGAAAAGCAGUCUAAUUCAUCAUCUGUUUAUUCUGAUAAAUUACCAAAACUGAUUCAACAACAAAUUAGAAAUGGACAUGAAGAAGAAAUAAUCGAUCAAGUUUCAUCGUCUACCAAUUCAAAGAAAUCAUUACAAGUAGUCUUGCCUAUUCCAGUUGAUGAUUUAAAUCCCAACUUUGAACAAUAUAUAGUUACAAAUGCACCAUCGCCUACAAAACAACCAUAUAUGCCAUAUCAAUCAAUUUCAAAACAUAUUGAACAUCCAAGUAGAAGAAAAUCAACAAGUGAUGUGACACCAUUUCUUAAAUCAUCAUCAUUUAAAAUGUCGAAUUUAACUACAUCAUUUGAUUUAUCAAUCUCAGACACAACAGAAUCUCCAAAAACAACAUCAAAUAUAGCAGAGCAAAAGGAAAUUGUCGAAACACCUAAAACCACAUCAGAUAUUGCGAAACAAAUAGAAAAAACAGAUGAUAAUGAAAACAAGAGAAGAUGCUUAACUGCACCAAUUAAUUCAAAAUGA